GCUGUCUGCCGGACCUAUCAUCACUCGUGACAAAGGCUCAGUGCCACCAUCAGAAAGGCUAGGAAGGAGUUGAAGCGCAUCGCGUCGGGUACCGAUACCUACCACUCAAUUUGGGUACGUACCUUUCAGAGGAGGGCAUGGCUCUCCCCUCCCAAGAAAGCAGAGCUUCUGGGCGCAAACACAGCCCACCCUGUGAUUCGAUUCGACCCUGGUUCUUUGGCCCGAGUCUAUGAUCAUCAGUCACUGUCCUUUUCAUUCUGCCGCCUGGGCAUGUCCGGUUUCCACCUUCGACACGUCUCUCUGUUUCUGUACCCUGCCGCCAAAAAGCACCUUGGCCACAGUCGGUCUACUUAAGAACCUCGUCUCCCCGUAUUACCCAUCCUAGUCCAAACACAUGCCUCGCCACUCAGACUCCAUCUACGAAGCUUCCGAUCAUCAAGAUAACCACCAACAGCAAGCUUCGUCCUCCAACUCUGCUCGACGCCUACUACAUAACAGCUCUACCCGAUCCCAAUCGCCCACAAUGAGCGCUGCCAACGCCCCGCAUCACGAGGGUUCCUCGACCGGCAAGGGUCGUGCCCCCGACUACGACGAGCACGACAACCGCACCGAGACCACGACCAACGGCGGUGGCCUUGGCUUGGGCCAGGGCGGCUUCAAGCCUCACGGAGAGAUGACGGUCAAGCCUCCCACCAAGGAGGACCUCCAGCGCAGCUACGCCAAGGUUGUCGAAGAGGACGCCAACCCCAAGGGCUGGUACGGAACCAUGAUCAACACUUUCGGCGCCGUCAUCGGCACCAUCGGUGCCAUCCCCUGCUGCAUCGUCUGCCCGAACCCUUACAAGAACGUCAACCAGGGCAACGUCGGCCUCGUCACCAAGUUCGGCAAGUUCUACAAGGCCGUCGACCCGGGCCUGGUCAAGGUCAACCCUCUCAGUGAGAAGCUUAUCCAGGUCGAUGUCAAGAUCCAAAUGGCAGAGGUUCCCCAGCAGACCUGCAUGACCAAGGACAACGUGACGCUUCACCUUACCUCGGUCAUCUACUACCACAUCGUCGCCCCCCACCGCGCCGCCUUUGGAAUUUCCAAUGUGCGCCAGGCUCUCAUGGAGCGAACCCAGACCACUUUGCGCCAUGUCGUCGGUGCCCGCAUCUUGCAGGAUGUCAUUGAGCGCCGAGAGGAGAUUGCCCAGUCCAUCGGCGAGAUCAUCGAGGACGUCGCCGCCGGGUGGGGUGUCCAGGUUGAGAGCAUGCUCAUCAAGGACAUCAUCUUCAGCCAGGAGUUGCAAGAGUCGCUCUCCAUGGCCGCACAGAGCAAGCGUAUCGGUGAGAGCAAGAUCAUUGCCGCCAAGGCCGAGGUUGAAUCCGCCAAGCUCAUGCGCCAGGCCGCCGACAUCCUGUCGUCGGCACCCGCUAUGCAGAUCCGCUACCUUGAGGCGAUGCAGGCCAUGGCCAAGUCGUCCAACAGCAAGGUUAUCUUCCUGCCGGGCCCCGGCCAGACGAUGCCCAACAUUCAGCAGUCGCUCAGCGGCAACCAGACGGGCGAGUCAUCGACCGGCGCCAACAAUGGCACGGCGGACUUCAACGACUUUGGAGGUCAGGACUCCGGCUUUCAGCAAGCUAUCAACUCUCGUGUCAUCGAAAACAUUUGAGUUCGCACCGAGUGCUGACUUUGAGGUCUUCGUGGGGGGAAUAGCGUGGUCUCACUAAAAGCCGGCCCCAUUACGGCUGACACCACCCGCUCGAUAAUGAUUUUUUGCUGCGACGUCAUACCCCUUUGCGCUUUACGAUGCCCGACAUGAUUGAUUCCGAAUACCCUUUUGCGACGCCUCAAACUACUAGAAAAUCAACAAAAAAAAGCAAUUAGAACGUGUACUUGUAUCACAGGGGGUGGGGG